AUGUUCGCCAAAGCCAUCCUCCUAGCCAAGCUCUUCGGCCACAUCUCCUCCCUCCUGCUCUCCUACGUCUGCCGCUCCCUCUCCGUCCAGUUAUCCCACCUGGCUUACCGCCUAAAGUUAUUUUCUCCACCACCAAGCUCAGCACAAGAGCCCUUGAAUAUCAUUAUCAUAGGCGCCUCCUUCGCCGGCCUAUUCGCCGCCCGCAGCAUAGCCCAAUCGUUGCCGCCAAAGAGUCCCUACAAGGUUGUCGUCGUGGAGCCACACUCCCACUUCCACUUUACAUGGGUGCUACCGAGGUUCUGCGUCAUCAGAGGACAGGAGCACAAAGCUUUUAUCCCGUACACGCACAAGUUCUUCGGGGGCAAUGUGCGUUGGAUCCGGGACCGCGUCGCGUCGGUAGGAAGAGAUAAGAUCAGGCUGCAAAGUGAUGGGAGGGAAAUACCCUACUGGAUGCUGCUCAUUGCCACUGGCUCUGGGGGUCCCGUGGAUGCGGAGAACGCGUUGCCAUCUCGUGUCGGGGUCGAUGGGAGGACGGAAGGGUUGGAAAGGCUGAGGGCUAUACAGAGGAGGAUCGAGAAGGCCGGGAGAUUGGUUGUCGUUGGGGGAGGAGCGGCAGGCGUGGAGUUAGCGACUGAUGCUAAGACGGCAUAUCCGGAGAAGAUCGUCACAUUGGUGCAUUCGCGGGAGGCGGUUAUGCACCGGUUCGGGCCUGGGUUGAGAAAUGCGGCUCUGAAGGGUUUGACGGAUUUGGGAGUAAACGUUCUGGUGGGGGAGAGAGUGGUUGAAGAGGAUGCCGAGGCAGGGUUUAUCCUGUUGAAGAGUGGAAUGAAGAUUGACUGUGAUUAUCUGGUCAACUGUGCGGGACAGAGACCCUCGUCCGGACUUCUCGAAGAGCUCAGCCCGAGCUCAAUAUCAGAAACAGGACAUAUCCGUGUUAAACCAACACUACAAAUCUUGGACGACAUGCUGCCCAACAUAUUCGCCUGUGGAGACGUAGCUGACACUGGGAACGCGAACCCAAACGCUCGCGCAGCCUUCAAGCAGGCCGACAUUGUCGUCAACAAUGUCCUCGAUGUAGUGAACGGCAAGACGCCGCAGCGGACCUAUUACCCUCAUUGGGCAGAUGGUCUGAUCAAGUUGACGCUAGGUUUAAAUCAAUCCAUAUCGCAUGUCGGGGACGGCAAGACUGAACUGCUGUUUAAAGCGAAGGAUAAGGAGGUGGACCUCGGGGCUGCAAAAGCCUGGAAGUUGUUGCGGGCAAAGCCAUUUGAAGGCGAGAAAGUGGCUGCAUUUGGUAUUGACUUAGACGAAGCGCCAUAA